GUGGCGAGAAAGGGGGAGCGGGGCGGGACCCCCCCCCGCUGUGAACUGGGUGGUGAACCGUGUGAACCGGGGGAGCAGCAGCGGUUUCAGGAGGCACCCUAGGCGUGUGAACCGGGGCGGUUCACAGAUGUACAGAAAUCUCGAGCACUUGGUCAGACCGCCAUACGAGUGCCCUCUGGAUCCGGGAAACCUUCGCUACUUCCAGUGGCGUUAUGGCGACGACAGCACACCAACCCUCACCUUUGAUCUGACUGGCUUCAUCUCGGCGGGCUAUUUCCGCACCGUUGGAGACUUGAAGACGAGUCUGUACAACGACAGGCUGCUUACGGGCGCCACUGGCCCCGGUGACGUGCAGUUCAUCGGCCAUGAGAACGCUCAGGACAGUGACGCCAUCGAGAAGGAGUUCGGCGACGAGUAGGCGUGCAUGAGUUUGGUUGACCAGAAUGCACUGCUCCCGGCAGAACACUACAUACUGUGUGGCUGACUUGUUUGUGUGUGUGCAGGGGCAAGAGUAAGGAGAAUCCCUUCAUCGUGAAGCUGCUGCAGCCACUGCCGAAGCGUACGUUGCAAACACGGGGUGACAUCGAGACACUCAUUUAUGCGCGGCGCCCGUGUGUGUGUGUGUGACCCUCAGGAUCCGAGGUCUUCUCGCCAAAGGAGCACGUCGACACACAAGAGACUGCUGCCAGACACCACAGCUCUCCUGAGGGCGGUGAGGCGUAGAAGGCUGCAGCCUUUUGCCGUGCGUGUGCGCAUUGCAUUCGUGACUGUUCUGUUUGUUUGCCAACCAGUGCAGUGACCGACAGAGACAUUUUAUAUGGCAAGUCAUUUCUUUGUUGGCGCGGGUGGCAUGCAUCCCAUCCGGGGCUGACGUGACGUGACAGUAUGGCAUGUGUGUGACAUGACGUGGGCGGGGCUCGUGGAACCUUUGUUCAAUAUGUCGCUUCACU